UGCAGUUUAUGCGGAGAUUAUUUUCAGAUAAUCAUAAAUUAAUCAUAAUCAAAAUAAAAACAUUUUUUCCCCAUAAUAUUUCAACCCACUUAUGCAAAUUAGUGAUGAAAAUAAGGGAAAAGAAGAUGAAAGAGAGAGCCAAGUGAAGCAACGUAUUACUCUGGUGGUGAAGGACAAUGUAGGCUAACAUGUAGUUCCAUGUAUAGGUUAAGUAGUAUCUCCCCCGUAGCCAGCAAAAACACCACUGUAAAUUUCCAUUAUAUGAAGCAAGGGGGAAUUCCCCUAUUUUGAAAAAUGACUUUCUCCCAUUGAAAUAAUACUUUUAACUUUUUUCAUUCUUACGUAGGAAACACAUCAGCAUAUUCGUGGAAAAUGUAGCCCUGUCCACCGUUCACCUAAUCUGUUUGGUUUUAUAAGCACAAAGCAAAAAUUGUACAUGCAGGUUAUGCUGUAAUAGCGUCCCUACCAAUGUUGAGACCAAACCUAUGCCCUGGCAGUUUACCAUACAUGGAAAGUAAUGAAGGAAAACUCAAAAGUAGAUCACUUGUCGAGGAGAAGUCGUGCAACUUUGACGUCUUUUGUCAAUUUUUUCCUUGUUUUCAAUUGUCUUGAUUGCAGUGACGUGCGGUGAGGUUCAUAGUUGGUGAGGCACUUUCCAAAUAUAUAAACCAAAAAGGGUAGCUUAUUCAAUUGGCUACUGGUUAUUUCAUAUCUCAUCAGCAUUCUUCACAAAACACGCACACACGGUACAUAUUAUCGAUACGAUAAUAAGAAAAUAACAUGCAUUUGCUCUACACCCUCAAUGUGUUGGCCGUCGCAAUUCUAUAAUUCAUGAUACAUAAAUGAGAGUAAAGAGUGGUGUACAAAACCACCGAAUUCAAUUCUGACCUUUAGUGAAAUAUUGUUUUUAAAAUUUUUAAUUCUGAUACUUUAAUCAAUUUAUUACAGAUUGCUAAACAAAAAGUGUGAAAAGAAAAACAAAGAAUAUUUUAGUUAAGGCCAAAAUUUAGUUUUUAAAUAUUCUAUUGUAUUUUUCUUAGUCUAAGCUCGUUUUUUUUUUUUUUAAAUAAGAUUGAAAUAAAAACUGUUUGUGGUCUUGCGCCUGUCCUUCACCACAAAAACCGCCGUUACUUUGGAAGGGCUUAGGUUUGGUCUCAACAUUCGUAGGGACGAUAUAACAGCAUAACCUGCAUGUAGGUACACUUUUUGCUGGGGACGGGACAUUAAUAAGACCAAAGAGAUUGGAUGAAGGGGGCAAAGGGCCACAUUUCUCAUGUAUAUGAGCCUAAUUAAUUAAUAGGCAAAAUGAUCAAUGCAAAAUAAAUCCUUAUCUACUGAUAAUAACUUUAACGUGCAUUGGUUCAGAUAAUACACUGUUCGAUUCAAACCUUUGUUUUCAAAAAAUACAAAAACAUUUUGAAAACUUCCUGAAUAAAUGUCUGGUUUUUAUUAGCAAACAUAAACAUAAUGAAAAUAAUUCACUCAAUAAUGGUAGGGUCAAUUCUAUCCUUACAGCAUAUGGAACUAUUGAAAGAUCUAAAUUCUCUAUAUAACUGAACAUUAUAUCAUGCAAAAAAGGUAAUGUUGCUUAAAAGUUGGUGGGAACAAUUUUAGCAUCCUGAAAAGUUGGUAGUGUUAUGUACCUACCGUCCCUAUGCAAACCUACGCCCUUUUUGUAAAAGUCCUCCGUAUUUUCCUUUACUUUAAAAAAAUCUCUCUGCCUCAAUGGAGAGGAUUGCUUCAAUUAGAUCGUUCUGUGUUCUAUUUGACGAGCCAGAAAGCACAGUGGAUGUGUCCAAAUGUCUAGCUAAACCUUUCAUCUUUCUCAGCAAAACCAUGUAAAUCGUUCUACAUAUAUGCCACGUUUAGAAGAGCUUACACGCUCAUCGUUAACACGAAAUGUUAACUCCUGUUUAGCUAGGAUGCAGGUUGCAUUAAUGAGGUCUUUCAAAGUCUUUCGGUUUUCCUUUACCUUAGCAUUGUGGAUGCUUCCGUUGAGCUUCCGCUGUUCGUCAAAGCCAAAUCGAUCCUUGAGCUUCCAAAAGUUUUUAAAGCAAUCAGGCUUUGAAUGUGAGUGGUCGAGCUCUCAUGUUUGCUGAGGCUGCUUCGUGGUAGUUUUUUUAAUGUCACAAUAUUUCGUGUUAGUCCAGACAUUGGCACAAGUUGAGAAGAAAAGACAGGGAUAGCAGCAAAGGCGAUUUUUCGAAGGACAGCCACGUAGCCAGUCUUUUCGGGUGUACCAGUCCUUUGAAAAGUGCGAGUUAUCUUCUGUCCCAUAGUUUGAAGCAAACCUUUUAGCUCCGGUGUUGUGUUAAUCGCGUCCACUUUUGACGGAAAGUCCAGUUUCACGUACGCCCCCUUUCGGUGCGGCAGAGUACUAUCUGCCGCAACCUGUGCCUUUUCACUGCCGCAACCUGUGCCUUUUCACUGCGGUUUUAUUUCCCAUCAGCAAAACUAAAUAUGUCGCUAACAAACAUGAAACUUUAAGGGUUAAAGACAUUAGCCAGACUGUGGAAAAUCAGGUCAAAUAAACGUAUCUGCAAACAUUAUAAUGGCGACAUGCAGAUGUACGGCAACCAGCACGAUCCAAAUCCAUGUAUCAACCCAGUUUGUUAUGGAUUGCGCAUUCAGAGGUGAGGCUUUACAUGUUGCUGCCGCACCUCUCAUUUCAUUUCUUUAUUUGAACAGGAAAUAGGCAAAUUCAGCGAUUUUGACUAUAAAAAAUGUUUGAAAUGAGUCAUACAUAAAGAGCAAUGUACAAAUAUUAAUAUAAAUUUGAUGCUAUAAUUAUUUUUUUGUCAUGAUGACAGGUGAGGCUCUGCCUCCCCUGCCUCCCCUGACCGCACGUCACUGCUCGAUUGAUCAAACGCAUUUCCAAUGCAUAUGGCGGAAAACACAGACAAGACUGAAAAUGUUUCUGCUCUUGCACUCCUCUUCAUAAGAAACUGCUGUAGUUUAAGCCAAAACAACUGUUGUUUGAUAGAACAAUAUGUCUGUAUGCUGAAAAUGCAGAUUCAUGGCGCAUUAAGUCCCCAAACUAUUUUUAAUUUGUCCGUUUUACCCUGGAAACCCCCGUUUAGACGUCGCACAACUACUUUUGUUUCAACCCAGCCAUAGAACAAAGGUAAUACAUUAUAUUUAUUACUCAAAAUGUGUGUCAUUUUUAGCUUAGAAACAUGAAUUUAUGUCUCAUAUUUUGUUUAAAAAAAAAACGACUUUAAAAAAUUAUUCACUCGCAUAUUUUACACUUUUAAACAAAUGACGUCACAAUGAAAAAAAUGGUGUCUGUAAAAAAGUCACGGAUAUCCACCUCAUAAUUAUCCCUUAAUUGUAUUUUUUUUGUUACUGUCGCAUUUACUCCAAUAUGUUAGAUGAUAAAUAAUCGAUCCAAACAAAGAAAAAUGGGGGAAAAAACGGUUUGAACGGGUAAAUAUAUGAAAAAGAAAAUCUCUGCGAUUUCUGCAUCACGACCCUUGUUAUAUUACCAUGUUUCACCCAUAAAAUCCCCCAAAAAUCCAGCUGUGGCCAUUCACAGCUGUGUCUUGACACUCGGUGAUACAUGGUAUAUGGAGUUUUUGGAUCAAAACAAGGUAAGUACGCGAUAAUAUCUCGUUAAAGUCACGGCGUCUUUAAUUGUGCUCUUUCAUGCUCUCACCUCCAGAUAGGGUUUCGCUGUUUAAUUUUUUUUUUUUUUUUUUAAAUGCCCUCCCGUUCGAAAUUUUAUUCCCCCAGAAAAUUGAGAUUUUUAAGCUUUCCAAUGAUGUAUCACACAUGCAUAUCGGACAAUUUUGAAAGUUGGCCAAAUUAGGGCUCUCAGAGCGGAACUUCAAGUCACUUGAGUGUUAUAUCAUUGUCUUGUUUUUGAUUUUGUCAUGAUUCAUUUGAGAUUCGUAACAAGUUUUUUUUUUCUCUAGUGAUAGACAUAUUUAGCCUUUAAAAAUUAAAGUGCAUUUCUCACAAAUGGUUCGUUUAAAUUGCGUUUUAGAUCAAUUAACGGUGUGUAUCUCGGUAUUUUCUAAUUUAAUCUUGUCGAAUUUAAUCUAAUACACGACAUUUAUAUUGCAUUUAUAAAUAAUAAUAAUAAUACAUCAAACUUGUAUAGCGCUUUUUUGGACACUCAAAGACGCUUUACAUAACAUAACACAUAAAUAGAAUUAAGACAUACAUAUAGUAUAAAACGUACAAUGAGUUUGUCAUUGAAGUUGUGUGUACUCCUUCCUUCCUUCAUGCAGUGGGAACCAGGAGGGAAAAGAGCACAUAUGGUCUUCUGACGUAACAGCAGUAUGUGGUGCGCGUGCUUGCGUGCGUGUAUGGGAUUAGAUCAAGGCUAGCGCCGAGCCUCCAUUUCACGUGAUGACAACACGUCUUUUUAUCAGCACCCACAAGUUGCAUUCCGACAUCUGUGGGCAAUGAACGCCGUGACCGCCGCGACCUGCUUUCUUGUGGCCGGCCUCGGCUGCUUCAUGUACGGCCGCGAUGUUUUACUGUGGUCGCUCCGUGUCUCCUUGUCAGAGCCGUCCUCCAUGCCCGAGCCGGGGGCUGCUCCGAGACGGAGCCCGCAAGGAGUUCCUUAUACAGACCUGGAGCACAUCGUCAACGCCGAUGGACUGCACCUGUUUUGCCGCUACUGGAAGCCAGUCGGCCCGCCAAGGGCGCUGGUGUUCAUUGCCCACGGGGCCGGGGAGCAUUGUGGGCCAUAUGACGAAAUUGCACAGAGACUGAAGGAACUGUCCCUGCUGGUCUUUGCACAUGACCAUGUUGGCCAUGGUCAGAGUGAAGGAGACAGAAUGAACAUAAAGGACUUCCAGAUAUACAUCCGAGACACGCUACAACAUAUCGACCUGAUGACGUCUCGCCAUCCCGACCUGCCUGUCUUUAUCGUGGGCCAUUCAAUGGGUGGCGCUAUAUCCAUCCUCACAGCCUGCGAGAGGCCUUCUGAUUUUACUGGAGUUGUUCUGAUUGGUCCAAUGGUCCAGAUGAACCCUGAUUCAGCCACACCGUUCAAGGUUUUCCUGGCCAAGGUCUUGAAUCACAUGCUGCCAAAUUUAACUCUGGGCUCUAUUGAGUCCAAAUGGGUGUCACGGGACAAGAAGCAGAUUGAGGCUUACGAGGCCGACGAGCUGAACUUUCAUGGAGGGCUGCGCGUGUCGUUUGGCAUCCAGUUAAUGGGGGCGGCGGCUCGCAUUGAGAGGGAGAUUCCAUCCAUUAGCUGGCCCUUCCUUCUCCUGCACGGUGAUGCUGACAAGCUCUGCGACAUCCGAGGCUCCAAAAUGAUGUUUGAUAAGGCUCCCAGCUCAGACAAGAAACUCAAGGUCUACGAGGGAGGCUAUCAUUCCCUUCAUCAUGACUUGCCAGAGGUGUCAGAGUCUGUGCUGAACGAGGUGACCGGCUGGAUUACAGAGCGCAUUCCCAACACCACAUUGCCAUCACCAAAAGGCUCUUAAAAAUGCCUUCUUAAAACUACAAUUAAGUGCAUACAUAGGGCAAUGGUUUAACUAACAACCCAAACAAUACUGGGUGAAACUGGAUGUAAAAGUUCAAAGUUGCAGUUUGCUCAGGUUUGUAGUGCAAUAAUGACAUUUGUUUGUUUGAGCACGCAAUGUCAAUUGUCGUCAUCAGCCUUUCCCAAAUGAAUGUUUUAGAAAUUAUACAUGAACCUUUAUGGAAGUUAUAAAUCCUCUUUUCCAAUUGUUCUUAUUAGUUUUAUGCAAAUGCGACAUAAGAAAUUUCCACGAGUUUGUUCAUUAGGGAAUGGGCCAAGGAAAAAGUGGCUUGUGGCUCCUGUUUUUUAAAUAUUGAGAGACAUGGCAUUAUUAGCCAUCUCCUUAUUUGGCAUAAAUUUGGCAGAUGCAAGUUUAUCCAAAUUAAGAAUCAAUGGAUUUCUUGAAGUGUUUUCCGAUUGCUUGUUUAUAGUCUUUGAGCAUGCGGCUUUGCCCUGCUACUGUGGACAGUAGUUAAUCUAUUCAUACAAUGUCGUAGUUUGACCCAAGCUAUACAAGCUGAUUAAUUAAUUGAUUAAUUUACUGUAGAUGACAGACUAGGUAGAAUCUAAAAUGUGACAACAAUCCAAAUUGCAUUUUUUCAAGACAUGUCUUACGUGUCUCCUGAAAAUCCCCACAAUAUAUAUUUUUCACUCAUGCAGAACUAGAAAUUACAUUUUCAUAUUGAAUGAGUUGUAAUGAGGGGAGGUUCCGCCAAAUCAGGUUGUGGCGUCAUCAGUGCCAGCGAAAUUAUGCUCUUUAUCUGCCCCCCAUACACUCACUCCCAUCACACCGAAUGCUUCAAAGGCUCUUGUGUGUUUUUUCUCCAUUUUUCGCUUGAGUUGCCACAGUGACUCAGAGAUUUGGCAAGGACACUUUUUCCAGCACAGCUUCACUCAUGCUGCCUCUAAUGAUCAAUAUGAAUUGAUUUGCUUGCGCACUGAGAAGUUACUUCUGAUGACUUGUGUCAGAUAGUUUCUGAAAAAUGACUUAAAUGACUCUCCACAUUAUAUAAGCCUUUUAUUUAACCAUCAGUGUUGGGGAUAGUUACUCAAAAAGUAAUAUAUUACACACGACAUAUUACACUCAAAAAUAGUAAUGCCUUACAUUGAUUUAUUACCAGAUAUAUAUUACUAAUGUAUUACGAGUUACUUUUUUCUUUUUUUUAAAACUCGAAUUACAAAAAAUAAUUCCAACUAAUGUUAAGAGGGAAAUUAUUUUUUAAUAAAUGAAAAAAAAAACAUUUAGAUAAAAAACGCAAAAAAAGAAUGUACAGAUUGAAUGUGAAAGGGCAGAAGUAGAUUUUAUAAGACAAGUGUGACCCAAAAAUAAAUUAAAAAAAAACAAAAAACCCUGUACUUUGAGAUAGCUAUAAAUUGCUCAAUUUGUAGCCGAUUGUCAAACGGCUUGGUUUUUCCUAAAUGUGAGAGAUGCAGUAAAUUAAAUGCAUGGUUAAAAAUAAAACUUUUUCUGAAUCAUAUCCAUGUUUAUAUGGUUUGUAAGUCUGUGAGAAAUUCAGCAAUUUAAAGAGUAUUUUGUUGGAGAAAAUUACUCACCUUACAUCCGCAACAAUGAUAUCCUCCAUUGAAGUCUCCUGAGGCAAGACAGACGAAAGUUAGUUGCACUGCCGACUCCACCUUUACCAAUUAGUAAUGUUCAGGGUUCGUAUGGGUCCUUGGGAUCCUUGAAAAUGCUUGGAUUUCAUUUUUCAAGGUUUCAAAAAUGCUUUAAUUUUGUCCUUGAAAAUGCUUGGAAGUGUUGGGCACACAAUAUUUCUCAGCACACUUUCUCAAAAUAUGAAUUAUUAAAUGAAGGAGAAUAACAAAUUUGCUUCAUGGCUGCUACACGCUCAUUCGGAACUUGCUUCCGCUCCCACUUCACAAAGUCGCCCCCAAGAAUAACAGUACAUUUGAGUCCGUGCGUGAGUAGUUUGGAGUUUAUUCAGGCAAACGGUAUACAAAUAGAGCAGUAUUUAAAUGCAUAAACGUUCAUUUGCUAUGGUUUAGUACAAUACUGUUAUCGCACGACCAGUUGCUCUUUUUGUUGCUGGAAGCCACUUCACUCGGCUUCGUCGCUGUUAGGACUUGGCCUACUUGCCUGCCUUUCGAUCGACUCCCCUUGUCGCACAUGGAAACAGCCACUUAUCUUAUUUGAAGGAGUAGGAGAGUGUAAUAGCUUUGUAAAGAGAUUUACUAGUUUCGGCGAUAUCGGAAGAGUUUUUUUGUUGUUGUUGUUAACUACAGUUCCACACAAACACACAUCAAGAUAUCAUGUAGCUUCACAAGUAGAGGAGCUUUAGAGGAGCAAUUUUUCAAGUCUCCCAAACUUCAAGAAAGUGCAUUUAUCAAGGUUUCCUUGGCUGCGACUUACAGUAUGUGCCAACGUUGCAUGCUAUCACUACACCAACACUUCUGCUAAAUUAUAUUUCUUGAGCCUCCAGGGUCGUGGAACAUUUUUAAGACGUUUGCGUACUUGUGAGGAGGCACCCUAUUUUUUUCUGCCUCAUCAUUGAAAAACAAUUGGUAUAAUGUAUAAAAGGUUCUGGAAAUAAAUGGUAUAUUGGUCAUGAAAGUCUUUAAAAGUGCUUGAAUUUGGACAUAGAAAAGGUGGACGAACUUUGAAUGUUAAUUUAUGAUACAUCGUACCAAAACCCAACCAUUACCAAACCCUGCAUUCUGUGCUGUAUGGUCUGUGUUUGCUACUUGCAAGGUAACGCAAGUAACGAACUCAGAAAACUGUGUUAUUACUAUUUUCAGGAGGAAUGCCUUACUCACAUUAUAAAGCAUUUCAUUUUUAACCACGAUACACCUACUUGCGGAUUGUGUUAGUCUGUCCCAUUAGUUUUAUGGCAGGUGGCAAAAAGUCUCAAUUUUACAUAUGAUGCACAAAUACUGAAAUGGAUUUUGUAGGACAAUUGUAUAUUCAUCAUGUAAUGUUACUUGAAACUACAAAUAACAAAGAUGAGGAAAAAGAAAAUUUAGAAAUAGCUUAAAUCUGAUAAAUAUAACUUUAAUAUAUAAAAUUAAGACUUAAAUAUGAAUGGGGCACGCAUGAGAUGUGAAAGCUACUGGGGCAGCUACUUUAUCAAAAAACCCUUGUGUAUUGAUGACAUGAGUGCAUUGUACUGCGCAACAUUAGCAUAUUAUCAGUGUAGGGAGUGAUGGGUGAUUGAGGGGAAGAAGAGGCGAGAGAACGAUAUGCUGUUCGUAACCAUGGCAGCACCCCCCCCCCCCUUUUUUUUUUAAACUUCCCGUUAAUUGUGCGGCAUUUGAAAGAAGAGAUGCUGUGCUUUUCGGGCCUGCUUUGUCUUUCUGCCGCACGAAGGAGUUUUUUUUUUUUGUGUAUGAGCUCUGACAGAUAAGAAAGGAUCACUAGCAUGAUUGGUGCACAGUGUUUCAUGAUAGCAACAUACACUAAAUUCAAAUCAGGCUGCUAUGCUGUUUGUGCUAAAAAAAAUCCAGAUUUAAUAUACUGUAUGCAGAGUAAAAGCGCUCAACGUUUUUCCUGCUUGUGUCAAACAAUAGUAUUGUCCCUUGUUUCUAGGAAAACUGGGGUGCAAUUAGCAAGCUAUAAGGCAAUUCACCUCAAAAAAAAAAAUGUUGUUCAGUUGUUGCAAAGAUUUAUUUGUUUGGCAGAAACAGCUAUACAACUGGUCAGGUUACACACACUCACACCCCUAUACACGCACAUACACACACAUUGCUGUUGUUACAUGUUGCUAGGUAAAAUUGCCACAAAUGCCUCACUAGCAGCCAUGGCGAUGCAAGAUUAUUUUUCUUGGUCGUGCUUUUCAGCUGCCACUUGUUGCUAAGCAAAAUGCAUGGGGCACAAUUAUUUGCCCCCCCCCCCCCCCCCCCCCACGCUGUCACCUUGACAACUUGAUGUAGGGGUCACGGUUUCCCCACACAGCAGAGAAAAAGAGGAUCAGUCAGACACCUACGAUAAAAUUUACCACCAAAAUAGUCAAAAUUUAUGAAUGAAGUAUUUACUGUAUACGUACACAUUUUUUGUGGGGUUUUUUUGUUUGUUUGUGGAUAAAUUUAUGAAGUCUUUUUUGAGCACAGUACCCUCUGCUGGCUUAAGUUAUGAGAUGUAAAAGAUGGUGAACAUACUUUCCGUGAACAGGUUCACUUUAAAUUUAAUGCAAUGUUAACUUUAAAGAGCAAGAUCUUUUGGGGAGUUUAUCAAUGCUUAGAAAUUAGCCAUCCACACAUGUUGUGUUCUGUUAUAAAGAAUUGUACCUAAAGAUUAUAUGUAAACAGAGUACCAAUUUCAUACAGUAUAUGAUAACCAAUAUGACUGUUAGUAUCUUAAUUUAGUCUCGUAGAUUUGGUUAAAAAAAAAGAUUUUUACUUUGGUGGGGAAAUUUGCAGAAUGGUUUGCAGCAUAUGCCAUUAUUUGCUGGUAUAUUUUCUAAAUCAUGACUUUAUGACUGUUGCUUUUUUAUUUUGAAGUAUGAUGGACCGGGGUGUGUGAAAUUCCAAAGUAGUGUAAAUACAGUAGAUGGCAGCAUAUUGUGCUGAUCUAGAAUGUAAAAUGUAAACCUUUCUUUGUAUGAGAACUGUCCUUACCUAUAAUAAUCAGCAUCACAAAUGGGCAUGUAGGGUGUAUUUUUUUAAUGAUUUCAUUCUCGUAGAUGAAAUUUUUGAGCAUCUAUAACAGUGAUAAAUAAAUAUUAAGGGGGGCACAAAUACAAUAUUUCCAGGAUAAUCUGUAUUGAUUAAGUAUUCAGGACUUUCAGCACUUUUUAUACAUUGUAGGACAAGAGUAAUUUCUAACUUUUUGACUGUGGGAACUGGUUUUACAUAUUAUUCAGUCUGAUAAAUGGAUGACAAUGUGUUUCAUGAAAUUGCAUAGUCUAUUCAUUCCCUACUGUCAGUGUUCAUUCCCCAUAUCAACAUUGCAUUUCGCAGAUAGUGAUUCCAAAAAAAAAAAAAAAAAAACAUUACCUUUGGACACUUUCUCUUCUUGGCAUGUUUCACGUUAUUUCAAAGCCUGCAUGUUGGGAUAAUUCUUUUCUUAUAUUUACAAAUGUAAAAUUUCAGGGUGAGCUCAACUGCAUGUACGCUAAGUAUGGACAUUAAGCCCAAAAAUAUACGGAAGUGCAAAAAUAGUGUCCGAUCACUGUGUUGUGUUACGGAGAAAAUAAGUACAAUUCCACAACGGGACCUUACAUUUUAUGGUAUAGUGUUGUUUGUGCCUUAUUGACAUGAGACCAUGACCACGUGUGAGCAUGUUGGUGCAAUAACUUUUGUCUCCACCAGUUUUUUUUUUUUUUUUUUUUUUAAAUUAGACAAGCCACUGGAUGUAAUGAUGUUGGACAUAAUGGUUUGUUGGUUAUUCUUCUUGUCCCCCUUUCCGUCACAGCACCAAUGUAUAUUUCUAAAGAAUUGUAUUUGUCUAAUAUCCUGUUUUUGUGUGUACUAAAAUAAACGGCACUUUUACUGUG